CAAGACCGUCAACACUCUCGACGAGCUCCUCGCCGCCACCUCAAAACACUUGAUUCAAAAUGGGUCGCGUUCGCACCAAGACUACCAAGAGGGCCUCGCGCGUGCUCAUCGAAAAAUACUACCCCCGCCUCACUCUCGACUUCCACACCAACAAGCGAAUCAUCGAUGAAGUUGCCGUCGUCCCCUCGAAACGCCUGCGCAACAAGGUCGCGGGAUUCACCACCCACUUGAUGAAGCGUAUCCAGAAGGGUCCCGUCCGCGGCAUUUCCUUCAAGCUCCAGGAGGAGGAGCGCGAGCGCAAGGAUCAAUACGUCCCCGAAGUCUCGGCUCUCGACACGUCGGCUACCGGCCUCGAGGUCGACCCCGACACCCAGGCGCUGCUCAAGUCCCUCAACUUCGACAUCCCUGUCCAGAUCGUGCAGCCCGUCAUUGCUCAGCCCGAGCGCGGGCCUCGCCGCAACAGGCGCGAUGUCCCUGGCGCUGGCCGGUCAUGAGCGCAUGUGGCUGCUAUGCUUUGAGCGCGGCGGCGUCUUCUGUCUGUUAUCUCCUAGCAUUGGAAUCGUCAUUCGUGGUGUCGAUGACGGCCUCUAUCACUACUGCUGCGCAUGUGCUACGUUAUAUGCUCCAACCAUGUAUUCGUAUGCGACGUUUUUGACUCAUCGGGACCGACAUGUUUAC